AUGGCUUUUUUUAGAGGUCUCUUGAGUGCAAGGAGGAUUAUUGGCCUCUCUGUAGCGGCUACAAGCAAAAGUACAGUUUCAGCGCCAAAGGGGUUUCUUGCGGUGUACGUUGGAGAGAGACAGAAGAAAAGAUUUAUAGUGCCAGUCUCAUACUUGAGCCAGCCUUCUUUUCAAGCUCUCCUCAGUAAAUCUGAGGAAGAAUUUGGAUAUGACCAUCCAAUGGGUGGACUAACGAUUCCUUGUCCUGAAGAUACCUUCAUCAACGUGACUUCUAUGCUUCAAUGAUGAUGUUCCAGAAGAAGAAAACACUGACAUUAGUUAGAGAUAGAAUAUCAUUCAAUGUACAUAUGUUUUAACUUUUUCGGAAAAUGACCAUUUGAAAAUUAAGUUCUUUGAUUUCUUCUCGUUGAUGAUAUGAAUCGUUGGAGAUAUCAUAUUAUAAUAAUAGUUUUGUGAAUAA